AUGCGCUCGUUAGUAUUAACGAUAGAAGAGGGAAGAGCUCUUGUUGUUGGAGGAGGAGGAGGAAAAGGAGGAGGAAUUUUUAGUCGCGAUGGUAGUAGGACGCGCAACAAAACGCAUCAUCGUCGUCGCAGAGUACAUGCUGUUACUCAUGAUGUUGUCGGAAAAGGAACGACUCCUUUGAGGAGUAGUAACGAUGAUGAUGAGUAUUAUUGGACGAAACGGCGGAAAAGCAGCGUUUUUGGAAUGAUGAAUACUCGUCGUCGCGAGAACAGAAUGACACCAAACAAAUCGGCGGUUGGUGUGCAACAGUGGGACGUGAUAUGCGUUCGAGACGACGACGAUGACGAGAGCGUUUCGGGAAAAUAUCAAUUCGCGACGGUCGAAACGAGGGGCAAAGACGGGCGGAUAGAGUGCGUCGUUUUAGAAAAAGAAGUGCGGGACGAUUUAGACGAGAUAGAGGAGGAGAGUAGUAGUAACAUUAUUUUUGUGGAGACGCAGGAAACGAGAGUUAUACGCGAAGAAGACGUCGUGUGCGUGUGUUCAGAUUUCAUUUUGUUCGAACAAAGAAUGGAUCAAGAUCGAAUAUCGAAUCCGCACGGCGAACACUCGACGAACAUAUGGGUGGCGAAGAAAAAAGACGUCGAAGACGAGAGAGGACAGUUGUCGAAGUUGUUGUUGAAAUGA